AAAUAUCCGCUCUACUACUCUAAUAUCGGGCACAUCGUCUGACCUCACUUCGGAGUGUGGAUAGUAGAAUGGCAGUGCUGCUAAGUUGGAGCAGACAUAGAAAUGCUUAAUAUAAUACCCAGCCUGCGGCAGGGGCUUGGCUCGAGCAAUUCUUGCCUGAGGUUAGGCUUUCUGUUUGUUUUUGUUUUUGUGGGUUGUUUUUGUUGUUUUUUGAGGAGGGGGUGUUUUGUUUUGUUGUUAAUUUUUCUUUUCUUUUUACUACCGGCAAGUGACACACCUUUAAAAACUGAUAGUUACUAGGGAUGGCCUAUAUUCAGGGAAACAGCAGAGCUGCUGUCUGGCAAGUGGCCUCCGUACCUGGAGGGCGAUUUCUUCCUGGAAGCAGGAGCUUCCUUGACCUACUCUUCUCCACAAGCACGUCAGACAUUUCCUCACAAAAGAAAUACUUGCUAGACUGGUUGGUAGCUGACUUUAUUUUUAUUUAGUAUCUAUUGCCACCUUCUCUAAGCAGCCAAAAGAGACCGGAGAGCCAAAUGACAGAGUUCAAGUGCUAUCUCCCUUCUGGCUGACCUAGCUUUUGUUGUUGUUGUUGUUUGUUUGUUUGUUUUAUUUUUGUUUUAUUUUGUCUUGUCUUGUUUUUAAUCCAGAAAAGAACCUCCUAUAGGAGGGAGAGAAGUUAGUUUUUAUUUCCCCAGAAACAAAAAGGCCAGAGCAGUUGUCAGCAAGCCCUGGGGGCUGGGUGACUCGGCUACAGCCCUAACCUUGAGGUCCCUGAACCUCUUCUGGAUAUGAUUCUGUCAUUGACAGAGCUGGCCACAAAAUUAGCCACCAGAAUGUUAGCCUGGAGAACACUUUCAGCUACAAGUGGAGGAAGGCUAGUCUAAACAAGAAAUCGGGUUCUCAGCAGACCCAUAGAAAUGCAUAGUGCCCAGCCCUGACUGGUGCGUUCCUUUCAAGAAGGAAAAUCAAGUUCCAUUGACAGGCCUUCACCCUGCCAAACUCUUUACUCUCCCUCCACUCUUAGCUCAGACCAGCUCCAGCCUUCUACUAUGCCUAUCCUUUCUUUUUAGCAGUUCAUUGGCUCUAAGCCAAGACCGGGGGUGGGACGGGGAGGUGGAGGCAGGAGGUGAUUGGCCAAGACAAAGAAGCACCUCCCUUCUCAUUCCCCUCCUGAGUCCUCCCUGACUGAACAGCUGGAAUGAGGAGUAGGGAGGGAAGCUGGGAUUGGCUUAGAGUCAGCAGCAGGGUGUGUCCACGCGGUUGAGGCAUUUACCUGUCUAGGUAAGUCAGGAGGAGGUCAAAAGAAGAAACCAGUUGGAGACGCCGCCGGAGAGGCAAGCUGUCUCCAUCUCUGCCCUCUGGAAUAGAAGGGCGUUACUUUCUUGUCUUCAGACCCCAACUCAGAGAAGAUACGUCAAGUCUGAACUGAGCUCGACGAUUUGCAAGGAGAACCGAGGCUUGGAAAUUUGAAGAAAACUCCCACUCCAGCUAGCAUUUUCAUCUUUGGAAAUACAGGCCCAGCUUGGGACAUUCUUCACUUCCAUUCACUUCCCCUCUGGGAGCCCCUUUCACCACCCCUGUGCCUUGCUUCAGGCGAUGCCCAAGAGGGAGCUUUGGCCAGCAGGGUCGUGCUCAGAACCUGUGACCCACAUCGGCAGCUGUGGCAGCAUGAUGAGCACCACCUCCACCCACUCUGGAUCUAGUGACAGCAGCUACGACUUCCUGUCCGCUGAAGAGAAGGAGUGUCUGCUCUUCCUGGAGAAGACCAUUGGCUCGCUGGAGGCGGAGGCUGACAGUGGGCUCUCCACAGACGAGUCAGAGCCAGCCACCAGUCCUCAGAGUUUCCGAGCACUACCCACCACCACCCAACGAGCUCCACAGGGAAAGCCAGAGGCCAGAGACACUCAGCAGGUGCCAGUGCCAGUGCCAAAGAGAGCAGCCCAGUCCUCCGGUCCUCCUGAGUCUCCCAGCCCAGGCCUCAGGUCGGGUUCCUACAGCCUUCCCAGAAACCUCCACCUUGGCAGAAGCCAGAACCUCAGGAAAAGUGCCACCCAGACUAACAGCGUCUCUGAAGCACCUGAGGUAUUCUUAGAGGAGCCUAAGAAAGGGCAGACUAGGCAGGGUGCUAAGACCAUCCAGCCACCAGCCCCAUCCCAGGAGGGUACCCCUGACCUGAACACAGUUCUCAUACCCCCGCCAGAAGCUUUCCAGGACAUUACAUCAAAGAAAGCUGAGGGAGAAAGCCCACCUAAAAAGCCAGGAGAGCAGACACACAGGCCUCAGGGCCACAUUCUGGAGAGAAGUCCACACUCCCAGAAGAAAGCGGACAUGUCUUCUGAAACCAUGACCCAUAAAGCCACUGAAAAAGGUUGGACAGAGGGGCCACAGCGACCACAGCAGCCUCCCACCCAGCCAUCUCAGAACACACAAGCUGAAGAACCUUCCCUACCUUCAGGGGUCAAGCCAAACAUCCAACAGUCUCUCCUCACAGCCACAAAGCCCCGUAGGCUGCCACCUAACAUCGUCCUGAAGAGCAGCCGGAGCAGUUUCCACAGCCAUCCCCAGAACUGGCUGUCAAAUCACACCGAAGCCACAGACUCGGGCCCUGUCUCCUCUUUGCAAGAACAAAGGAAAGCGCGCAGAGAGGCUCUGGAAAAGCUAGGGCUGCCCCAGGACCAAGAUGAUCCCAGUCUGCCUGUAAAUAAACAUACCGGUAGCUUCAAAGUCAAGGAGGCUCAGGCUCAGACCUCUUCCCAGGCCCGGGCUCCUGCUCAGCCGGCAUCUCCAGCUCUGGUCAGGGGAACUGCUUCUGUAGCAGAGAAAGCUUCCUCAGUGAAGGCUAUCACUCCUCUGGACUCUCUAAGCAAAGGUUGGAUUCCGGCCCAGGAAACCCCUCCAGGAAAGGUCGGAGCUGCCAAGUCUAUGCCUAUUCCCAUCCCUAAAGCCUCAAAGGAAAACAGUUCCCUGACACAGUCCAAGCCUGACCCGCGGCUGACCCUCCAAGAAAGCAGCAUCCCCGGCCUGAGACAGAUGAACUUCAAGUCCAAUACUCUGGAGCGCUCAGGCGUGGGGCUGAGCAGCUAUCUCUCGGCAGCUGAGAAGGACCCUGGCGGCCAAACCAGCACGUCUCUGGGAAAGAGCCCCUUCUUGGACAAGGUCUCAUCCAGCGUCUUCCGUAAUUCUCGGCCCCGGCCUGCCUCCUUGGGCAUGGGAAAGGAUUUUGCAGGAAUCCAGGGGGGCAAGCUGGUUGGCCUGGAGCAGGGCCAGUGCUCCCAACAGCCAUCCUUCAAAGGACAGAGUCAUGACAAACUCCCUCGCCCCCCCUGUGUCAGUGUCAAGAUAUCCCCAAAGGGCAUUCCUGAUGGGCACAGGAGGGAGGCUCUGAAGAAACUGGGACUGCUGAAGGAGUAGCGUUGGCAUGGGCAUAGCCCAGGCCAACCUACCGGAAGAGACUGGCUCUGCCUAGGGCCUUUGCAGCCUCACAGCUCAGGGCUCGCUUCCUUCCUGUCUGAAAAAGGAAGAGACUCGAGGUCAAGCACAUGUCGGUACUCAGGCAGUUGUGUUAUUGAGUACGUGCAUAGAUCAUUCUGAAGAUCAGUCUCACAGCAGGAGAGAGGGGGGCGCUUGCGUAUCACUGACACCAUUUAUAUAACACAGGGAGUCACUGUUCAGAACUCCGCUCUUGGUUGAGAUUUUACAAGUGUAAGGUUCAGCCUGUCCCGGAACUGAGUGGAGCAUAGUGGCCGAACCUGAGAAGCAAAGUCACACGACACAAAGGAGGUAGAGACAGCUCAAAAAGAUGAAUUACACUGAGCACGCGACUCUGGCCACAUGAAAUACAGCCCGAGUUUCUGCAGUAGAUGGAGAGUGGCUUGCAUUUGCUGCCAGCGCCUUCUAGACCUAUCCUGGGGCCAAGGGGAUCCAGUUCAGUAUCUUCACCCACUGCCUUCCCCUAUCAUGUGUAGCAGGCUAACACAUAUGCCUGUCUCUAGAUCUCAUAGCUCACUGAUAUCAGGAGGCCACUCCCUGGUCUGAGAAAGCCGAAUAUGGCCACACACUCCUCCAUUUCUACCUGGAAGAACUCUUGUCGUGGGCUUGACGAAUGUGAUAAUAAACCAGGCUAUGGCCCAUGA